UUGUCCUCAGCCAGCAGUUCAACCCACACAACUGGAGAAGGACCGCGGCUCCUUCUUGGGGAGGAAAAAAAAAACGGGGUGAUAUAGCUGACUGCAUUAAAAAGAAACAAAACAAAAAGGAAAGCCCUUGAGAUUGACUGCAACUUUGAGGAGACGGUCGACCUACAUUCACAACUGGAGGACUGAAAACAUCUUUUUUCCUCAAGCAAAAUGAGCUGGAGCUUCCUUACACGCCUGCUAGAUGAGAUUUCAAAUCACUCCACCUUUGUGGGCAAAAUCUGGCUCACCAUCCUCAUCGUCUUUAGGAUUGUGCUGACGGCAGUUGGAGGCGAAUCCAUCUAUUACGAUGAACAGAGUAAAUUUGUGUGCAACACACAACAACCUGGUUGUGAGAAUGUCUGCUACGAUGCAUUUGCACCACUUUCGCACAUCCGCUUCUGGGUGUUCCAGGUGAUUAUGAUCACCACGCCCACCAUCAUGUACCUUGGGUUUGCUAUGCACAAAAUUGCUCGCAUGGACGAUGACGACUACAUGCCCCGAACGAGGAAGAGGAUGCCCAUAGUGAGCCGUGGUGCCAACAGGGACUACGAGGAAGCAGAGGAUAAUGGGGAGGAGGAUCCCAUGAUUGUGGAGGAAAUCGAGCCAGAAAAGGAAAAAGAAAAGGAAACUGCAGCAAAGCCGAGCAAAAAGCACGAUGGACGCCGUCGCAUCAAGAGAGAUGGACUGAUGAAAGUCUAUGUUUUUCAGCUGCUAUCACGUGCUAUGUUUGAAGCUUCAUUCCUGUUUGGGCAGUAUAUCCUUUACGGGUUGGAAGUGGCACCAUCGUAUAUAUGCACACGGUCUCCUUGCCCGCACACAGUGGACUGCUUUGUCUCCCGUCCCACUGAGAAAACGAUCUUUCUGCUCAUCAUGUAUGGUGUCAGCAGUCUGUGUCUGCUCUUCACUGUGUUGGAGAUCCUUCAUCUUGGCUUCAGUGGAAUUCGUGACUGCUUUUGCGCCCCAAGGCCUCGGUCUCCAUCCCAUCGACAGCCAGUCACGGCCAGCAAGAGAUCCUCGAUCUGCCACCAGCCCUCGGCACCUCCGGGCUACCACAUAUGCCUGAAGAAGGACCCAUCGGGGAAAAUGAAUUUCAGGGACAACCUGGCAGACUCGGGCCGCGAGUCCCUGGGAGAUGAAGCGUCGUCCCGAGAACUGGAGAGGCUCCGCAGACACUUAAAACUGGCCCAGCAGCACCUGGAUUUGGCAUACCAGAACGAGGAGAGCAGCCCAUCCCGCAGCAGCAGCCCGGAGUCAAACGGCACGGCGGUGGAGCAGAACAGGCUGAACUUUGCCCAGGAGAAGCAGACCAGCACUUGUGAGAAAGGUCUCCGGGCUUAGGCUGUCAAAAGCCAAUCGGUUCAACAGCGGGGGAGGAGGAGGAGGAGGAGCAGGAGCAGUGAGGACAGAAGGGAACUGAGCAGAGCACUCGCACACGAGUUUGAUUUUGUGACUUUGCUUGAGGUGGAUGAAGACGGCCCAAGCCAUCCAGUGUUAUGAUCAGCUGAGCAUCAAGUCAUAGGAAAAUGGUUGUCUCAAACAGCAAUACUGGAGAUGCCGGCCUGCGUGAAGAUCCAAAGUGCAUACGAACUGCCAUCAUGCAACAAGAAUGGUCAAGGUUAACAUGUACUUCUCCCUCAGGGCAGCUAUUCUUUCUUUUUUUAUAUAUAUAAGCAGAUAUUUUUAUUGUGAGACUCUGAGCUUUUAGUCAUUUGUAUGUUUUUUUUUUUUUUUUUUUUCAUCAUCUGUUGAAAAUUCAGCGUGUGAAUCUCAAGUUUGCCUUAUACUUCAACUGAAAGUCUUUUUUUUAUGGAUUUCUCUUGGUUAAUGUAAGGCCAAACCGGUGGUGAAAGUAAAAGAAAAAGAAAAUGUAGAAUUUUGUACUUUGUGUGAGAGAGAUGGGUGACUGUAGGCAUGAACAAAAGGUACUGAGGUUACUGUUUUUAAGUAUAAAGGCUUAACAAGGUAUUAAUUGUUAUACAAGGUCCUCUACGAAGUGUGUUGUUUUGUUUCGUCUGUUCGUUUUCCUUGUAGGUGUUGGCACUGCACCAGUCAACAUUCCCAACUGUUACUUAGAGGCUGUACUGUGAAGCAGGCUUUGUGGCUAGGUUUUCAGUGUCAUAUAGCCGGGGACGUCACCUUGCUAAGUUCAUGGUGAAAGGUUCUCAUUACCUGCUCCAGGCAGGUGUGGUUGGUGAAAAAUAAAACGGGCUUCUCUCACAUUCCUCUGUUAGACCGUGCAGGUCUCCUGGACCCUCAUCCUUUCCUUGCUCUGCAACUCACUGAUACAGAUUCUCAGCAGGAGGAGCUGCAUCAGAUGUUGUACUGCAAUAUGCCUUUUUAUUUUGAAUUUUUAAAUCAAAACCAUCUCAGUCCAGGGCUAGGAUUGCUGUUAGUGAAAUUGCUUUGCAUAAUGCCUGUGUCUUCCAUUUUUCUAAGCGGCAUUAUCAGUAAACGUAAUCCACACAUUCAGAUAUCAUCUGAUAGUUUCCGAGUGGCUGAUCGUUGGCGUGGCAUUACCGCGCGUGAUCUCAGAGGUUAGUUUUUAAGCCCAUCAACCAGUGGCUAACAUUGCUACAUUGAACCUGCUUUGCAGUACACGCCUUGAUGGUAACUGGAACACACUUGAGGUGCCUUUGUCCAAAGGAAUAAAAAAAAAACCUGGGUAAUGCUUGAAGAAAAAAAAAGAAAGAAAAGAAACAACUUUAUUAUGUAUUGUAUGAAAAGUUUGAUACUGUUCUUUAUUAUUCUUUUCUAAUUUUAAGUAUUGUAGUCUGCUCUUGUCACUGUGGCAUAAAUGAAUGACAUUCACUACUGUCUGCUCCUUAGGCCUGGUUUCGUCAGUGGACCGGCGCAUUCCCAAAGGGGUUCGGUACAGUUAGAAGCUCAUGUGCAUCAGUUUUCCAUUCCUUAAUGCCAAGCCGUUUUCUUUUUUCGAUAAAGAACUUGUCUCCUUUGAUCAUAAAAUGUUUACCUUUUCAUCUCAGACCUGUUCAGUCGUCUAUUGGUGGAAGGAUGGAUAAUACUGUGUGCCAUGUUCAAUAUCUGGAAGUGCUGGUUUUCUGUGAGCACUGCUCCAGAAUCUGUACGAUGGUAGGAAUCAAAUAAUUUUAAUGUGAAUUCUGUGCCUUGAGUGCACUCUUAAGAUCCCAUCUUUUGUAUUUUAUAUCAUACCCACAGUGCCAUUAGUACCAACUUAAAUACUGUCAUCUCAUUUAUUUUUGACCAAUGCUUUUUGUACUUUUUUUAUACUUUUUAUAUUGAUAGUACUUUGUGGUUAGUUUUUCGAAAUAAAUUUUUGCAACCGUUUCCAUA